AUGUUUUAAUCAGUGCAAUUAAUAAGUUAAGAGUUUUUCACUUAUAAUAAUAACAAGGAAGAAGAGAAUGAGAACAAACAGAAAGAGAAAGAAAAAGAGGAGGGAAAAAGGUUAUUGAAUGGCAGAAAAAGACGAAGAAGCUUAGUAACUCUAAUUUGAAUUAUAAGUAUUUAAUAUUUGCAUGGUCAUCGAAGAAAUGGUAGCAUAUUUUAUUUGUUUCAGUUUAGGUAAAUUCCGAUUUAUUAUUUUAGUCUGAAUCUUCUGAUAUUAUGGAUUUAGUAGCUGUGUUUAAUUAGAAAAUCUUCGCAGAGUGCUAUUACAGUUAUUCUGAUAAUGCCUUAAGAAAAUAAUUAGGAGUUGAAUCGUACACUUUUGUUGGACACUCCUCAGUUUAAGUUUUCAACUUUUUGAUUGCUAUACUGUAUAAUUUGGAAGCUGCCAUUCACUAAAUCACACAUUCUCAAUUCAGACUACCUAGAUGCAAAGAUCGAUAUGAAAUAUUGUAGGUAUUUAAUAAUAUCUUCAUUUUAACACCUUGCGAUUACAUAGUUCAAAUAGAGACAGAACUAACAUAUGAAAUUUGCUUAAUCUUUAAUGAUGGAGUUUUACGAUAGGGUUAUCUAUUGGAAUGGCCAAAUAUUUCGAAAUUUAUCGGUAAGUCCUUUACUCUUAUAAUGCAUCCAAUGAAUCCUAAGAUCGUGAUCUAGUUUACAAAAUUUCUAAAAAUAAGAGGACCAAUCAUAUGA